GUAAACUUUUGUUUGGAAGUGUGCUUCUUCGUUUCUUUCCUGAGAAAGCGUUUUCUUGAUACACUAGCAAGACAAUGUUACAGAAGCAAGGCACGAUGUACAUACUGCUCUUGCACAUUAUCUUGUCACUUGAGCAUUGUCACAGCUGUUACAGGAAAAGUCUUUGCGGCUAAAAUGUGCAAAACUUGUCGUACAGGUCUUCACCCAUUUUUGGCUGCUAGCACGGAGGAGGAGCAGUUACAUGGUGACCAAGGCGAUUCUGCAUUGACGAGCCACUUUGCUGAGCCCCACAGCAAAAAGAUAUUUAACAACCGUCUGAGCAGAGCCCGUCGGGUCAUAGAGAAUGCCUUCGGCAUAAUGGCACAAAAGUGGCGCAUCCUGCGCCGCCCGUUCAAAGCUAAGGAUGACAACGUGAGAAGAAUUACCUCUGCUUGUGUCGUUCUGCACAACUUCCUGCUCAAGGAGUCCCCCACUUCCCAGUCUGCAUACUGCCCUCCUGGAACAGCUGACCACCUAGACUGGCAAGGAAACAUCACUGAAGGCAGCUGGAGGGCCGAGGAUAGCAGCAACACUGCACUGCCACCACUGCGUAGCACAGGCUGUCAUUCAACCAGAGCUGCCUACAGAGUGCGAGACCUCCUUGCCAAGUACUUCGUCACUGAUGGCAAGAUCCCUUGGCAAGAGUACAUGAUCAAGGACAGAACACUGUGCAGUGGUGAGUAAAAGGUUUAUUGUCACAGUCAGGGUGUAUUUACAUCUCGUACUGGUUCAUGGCAGCUCAAACGUGCUGAAUGUACAUACAAAGCCUGUCUCUCCGAAAGGCGUUCAGCUAUGCUCUUAGAAAAAUAGAUGCUUCGUCUUUGGCGCUAACUUAAAAUUGUUCCUACAUGAGAAAAAUCGCGCCAGCUGAGGGAUAUGACACCUGCAAA